CAAAGGACACACAGUGACAUGCACACACCUCUGUGCACAGACACACUGAUCGUCAGAACUUUGCUCUUUAAGUUGUGUCUGUUCUUGCUUUUCUUGGUCGUGUCUUGAGAGGGGAUUCACAAAAGCCACAUACGCAGGGUGUCCGUUUGACCCAGAAAGGCAGCAGACAAAAGUUUCUGGGAGGUGACAGAAAGAGACAGGUUGGACAGGCAGGCUAACAAAAUGCAGGGAGCAGUCAGGCCUGUGUCUGUACUGGUCAUGGGGUGGGCCCUCGUGACCUUCCAGGUAUCUCCUGUGGAGCCACAAAAUCUUACCCUGACCCAGGAGAACUUUGAUUUGGAGCAGUUUAUGGGAAAGUGGUAUGAGGUGGCAGUGGUGUCUACCUGCCCUCAUUAUAUGCAGCGUAAGAGGGGAAACCCUGUCAUUGUUGCGCUUGAGCUGAAACAUGUUGCAUCUGAGGAGAACUUCACCAUGACAGCCACCACUUUCAGGAACAGCUUGUGUACGGAGACUUCAACAGAUUACAGUUUGACGGACACUCCAGGGCGAUUCUUCUACCACACUGCAAGGCUCGGGGCCGAUGUUGAUGCCUUUGUGGUUCAUACCAACUAUGAUGAAUAUGCUGUGAUGCUUCUGCUGAGCACAGAGAAACCAUCAGGAAAUAAAACCACCAUAGCCAAACUUUACAGUCGGACUGUGGAAGCAGGGCCCGCUGUGCUGGAUCACUUUAAAACACUGGUCAGAGAGCAUGGAAUGAGAGACGAUGCUGUCAUCAUGAAUCAGGACAAAGGUGAGUGUGUUCCAGGUGAAAAGAUGACAGAGACACCUACUCAGGUUUUUGUUCCAAAAAGGGUUAAAUAGAAACAUGGUUCCACGUGGGACACAUCCCCAAGAAGAGUUCACUGUUACCAUCUGACCCUAUCCUUACCAUCCUCCUCUGUCAGAUAAAUCCUCUGCAUGUCCUCCUUCACUACAUCCAUGAAUCUCCUCUUUCCCUCCUGCCUGGCAGCUACAUGUUCAACAUCCUUUGCCAAGUACAUCCACUAUACUUUCUUUGCUUAUAUGUAAACCGUCUCAGCCUUACUGCUCUAACUUUAUUUCUGAACUGCUCUACUUGAGCUGUCCCUCUGUGGUACACGUUUCUAAUCCUGUCUAUUUUGGUCAAUCCCAAUAAAAACCUGAGCAUCUUCAGCUCUACCACCUUGAGCUUGAGCUCAACCUCGAGGUGGCAGACCUCGAGGUCUUUUUGUCAGUGCCACUGUCUCCAAACCAAACAUCAUACCGGGUCUCACUACCAGCGUUUAAACCUUCCUUUUACUCUUGCUGCUAUCCAUCUGUCACAAAUCACCCACUCGACUUUGCCUCCACUCUGUUCUUCCCCUCUCUUGUUAACUGUUGAUAUAAAUAAAAAUAUAUAAAUGUAAAUGCAAUAAGGAUGUUGUGUUUCUGUCCAAUUUGAGCAUUUUAAUAAAUAUGUAUUUACUACAGGAUCAAGU